AUGCUGAAAAUUUCAAAUAGCAUCUGCCGGCAAGACGCUCCGGCAGUAACAGUAAUCAGGGACAUCCUGCUGUUUGGGAUGCUGUUGAUGAACGCCGGGGCAGUGCUCAACUUUAAGCUGAAAAAGAAGGACACGCAAGGCUUUGAGGAGGAGUCAAGGGAGCCCAGCACAGGUGACAACAUCCGGGAGUUCUUGCUGAACCUCAGAUAUUUUCAAAUCUUCAUCGCCCUAUGGAAUGUCUUCAUGAUGUUCUGCAUGAUUGUGCUCUUUGGCUCCUGA